AUGGCCACAGCCGCCUCCAACCCCUACAGCCUCCUCGGCUCGGGCUCGCUCGCCCAUGCGGACGGCGCGGGCAUGCAGCAGGGGAGCCCCUUCCGCAACCCGCAGAAGCUGCUGCAGAGCGAGUACCUGCAGGGCGUCCCCGGCAAUGGGCACCCUCUGGGGCACCACUGGGUCACCAGCCUGAGCGACGGCGGGCCCUGGCCCUCGGCGCUGGCCGGCGGCCCGCUGGAGCAGCCCGACGUCAAGCCGGGCCGCGAGGACCUGCAGCUGGGCGCCAUCAUUCACCACCGCUCGCCCCACGUCUCCCACCACUCGCCCCACGCCAACCACCCCAGCGCCUGGGGCGCCAGCCCGGCCCACAGCGCCUCGCUGGCCCCCCCCGCCGCCGCCGCCGCCGGGCAGCCCCUCAACGUGUACUCGCAGGCCGGCUUCGCGGUGGGCGGCAUGCUGGAGCACGGCGGGCUGACCCCGCCGCCCGCCGCCGCCGCCGCGCAGGGCUUGCACCCGGGGCUGCGGGGCGAGGGCGGCGGAGAGCACGGCGAGCUGGGCGGCCACCACUGCCAGGACCACUCGGAUGAGGAGACGCCGACCUCGGACGAGCUGGAGCAGUUCGCCAAGCAGUUCAAGCAGCGGCGCAUCAAGCUGGGCUUCACCCAGGCCGACGUGGGCUUGGCCCUGGGGACCCUCUACGGCAACGUCUUCUCGCAGACCACCAUCUGCCGCUUCGAGGCCCUGCAGCUCAGCUUCAAGAACAUGUGCAAGCUGAAGCCGCUGCUGAACAAGUGGCUGGAGGAGGCCGACUCCUCCACCGGCAGCCCCACCAGCAUCGACAAGAUCGCGGCGCAGGGCAGGAAGAGAAAGAAGCGGACGUCCAUCGAGGUGAGUGUCAAGGGCGUGCUGGAAACGCACUUUCUCAAGUGUCCCAAGCCGGCCGCGCAGGAGAUCUCGUCGCUGGCAGACAGCCUGCAGCUGGAGAAGGAGGUGGUGCGGGUCUGGUUCUGCAACCGGCGGCAGAAGGAGAAGCGGAUGACCCCGCCGGGCGAGCAGCCGCAGCACGAGGUGUACUCCCACGGCGUGAAAACGGACACGGCCUGCCACGACCUCUGA